ACUCUUCUUUCCUUCAUCUCCAAUAGAAACUGAGUUCUAUUUAUUCUCCAUCAGUGUCUUUUUUCUCCAAGGCCCUGCAAUCUUCUGUUCAUACACACAUUGCUGCAUAAACCAUGCAAGCCAGAGAGAUCACAGGACUGAAUUAUAUACUCCCUUCAGACCCUUGUCCUUUCCCAAGUCACUACAACAUGAUUGAGAACACCAUCCCCACAUUUCAACUCCACAAACUCUCAAACCAAUUCUAUGGUCUCCAAAACUCUCCUCAAGUGGCUGCGGACUUCAGCCCCCCUCAGUCCUCAUGCAUCAGCAGCAACUCAACCUCUGAUGAAGCAGAUGAGCAGCAGCAAAGCCUCAUCAACGAGAGGAAGCACAGGAGGAUGAUAUCGAACCGCGAAUCGGCGCGAAGAUCACGCAUGAGGAAGCAGAAGCACCUUGAUGAGCUCUGGUCACAGGUGGUGUGGCUCAGGAAUGAAAACCACCAGCUGAUGGACAAGCUGAACCAUGUAUCUGAGUCACAUGACAGAGUUGUGCAAGAGAAUGUUCAGCUGAUAGAACAAGCCUCAGAACUACGCCAAAUGAUAUGUGACAUGCAGCUACAUAGUCCAUCAUACACUCCUCCUUCAUUGAGUCCAAUUGAUGAUGAUGUCUCUCCCUAUGUCAAAUCUGAUUCAUCAAUCACAGGCUCCGUGGACCUGCUUGGUUGAAUUUGAAUUUGAAGACAAGGACAGUUUUUAUUAGUACUAUAUCUCUUCAAUUUUUCUUCUUUUAAGUCCUUUGUGUGUGAGUUGUGGUGGAAAAGUACAAGAUAGUAGUAGUCUUUGCCUCUCUUUUGAGAUGUAUGAGGUGAAAAAACCAUACAUAAACGGCAAUGACAUGUUUUUGAGUUUCCAAUUUUAGUGUCAGCUCAUCAAUUUUACCACUAUCUUCCAAGUUCUAAUGAUAUGUUCUGAGCAAUAAUAUUUAUUUAAA